ACCAGUAUAUAUCAAUCAGGUCAAUUAUGUUGCAACAUCAUUAAUUCACUACCUACUCUCCUUGCACCUAACACUCUUAAGAGAAGCGAUUAUUUACUUAAUACUCCCUCCGUCACAAAAAACGUAAGCUAGUAAGGAAUAAAAUAAUCUAGUACAACGAAUAUAUGGAUAAUUGUACUAGAUUAUCCUAUUUCAUACAAGGUUGAGUAUAUUUUAUAGAGGAAGUAAAAAAAAUAUUGUCAUUGUCGUUGGACUACACUUAUUUUCCCAUUUCUAUCUCCUCGAGUCUUAUCACCUGAACCAUUUUGUGAUUUGUUGCUGCAAGCCUCAUUAUCGUUCGAUAAGUUGUUUCACCAUGGCAGAAUGCGAACGACGGGGAAAAAUAUUUUCACUUACGCUUGGUUAAAUAUACAUCGCCGAAAAAAAAUCAAUAUAUGGAUGUAUCAAAUCUUUUGGUCCAAAGUAAUGAUAUACAACAAUCUGUGUAUCUAAAAGUGUUACCUUACGACUUACGAAAUAAACGUACUUGUAAACGCAACUCAACUGGUUAGCUUUCUCGUGGUAGAACGAAGUCCCCUUGAUUCAAAUCCUAUACUUGACAUGAGCAUUUGCAUUUACGGGUAAUUAUUAUUUUAGCGAUGAGUGAUAUAUAUAGGGAUCAAUGUGUACGUAUCAUGAGCGCUUAGCAUUUAUACUACGUUUUCACAGUGCAUUUAGUGGAGGAUGGAGCGUACCUGUCACCGUCUCAUGUGUAAUAGGCUAACAGCGACCAGAGGCCCUACUGACCUGUGGGCAUUCGUCACUCGAGCCCACUUAACAUUAACGAGCCACGCUUACGUUUCUUGGAGUAUUUGCCUUUUUUGGGCCAACGCGAAAAAACACCGCAGAGCCAAUCCCAGUGGCCGCUUCGCCUUCGGGCCCGACGUCGAGCAGAAGCAAACGAAAGUGUAGGAAGAAUGGUCUCCUCCACUUCCGGAGGAGGAGCAGGCCUCCUCUCGCCGCCGGCGGUAGUGCUGGCGGUGGCAGUUGUGCUGUCGGCGGCGGCGGCGGCGGCACAGGCGCUGGCGGCGCCGUGCUACCUGCGCGUGUUCAGCUUCGGGGACUCGCUGGCGGACACGGGCAACGUCGCUUUCCUCUCCGGCAACGACCUCGCAGCUGUGGCCCCCUACGGCGAGACCUUCUUCCACCGCGCCACCGGCCGGUGCUCCGACGGCCGCCUCAUCAUCGACUUCAUCGCUGAAGCAAUGGGGCUGCCGUUCCUGCGGCCGUACUGGGGAGGGCAGACCGCGGAGGACUUCGCCAGCGGGGCCAACUUCGCGGUGGGCGGCGCCACGGCGCUCGGCCCGGACUUCUUCCGGGAGAGAGGGGUGCCCACGGACGACGGUGUCGUGCACCUCGAGAUGGAGAUGGGGUGGUUCCGCGAUCUGCUCGACAUGCUCUGCGCCGGCGACAUGGACGGUUGCAAGGGCAUGAUGAAUCAAUCUCUCUUUUUGGUCGGAGAAAUCGGAGGCAAUGAUUACAACUAUCCUCUUAUGAGCGGCGUGCCCAUUGAAAAGAUUCGCAGCUUCACUCCUAGUGUUAUUGCCAAAAUUUCUUCUACAAUCACCGAAUUGAUCGGACUUGGAGCCAAGACACUAGUUGUUCCUGGUAACCUCCCAAUUGGAUGUAUUCCAACAUACCUCAUGCAAUUUGAGAGUGAUAAGAAGGAAGAUUAUGAGCCAGAGAUAGGUUGUCUUAGGUGGAUGAAUGAGUUCUCGCAAUACCACAACAAACUUCUUAUAGAUGAAUUGGAAAACUUGCGCAAGCUUCACCCCGAUGUGGCCAUCAUCUAUACUGAUUACUAUGGAGCUGCCAUGGAAAUUUUUCUUUCCCCUGAACAAUUUGGAAUUGAGGAUCCUUUGGUCGCUUGCUGUGGUGGAGGAGGACCUUAUGGUGUAUCUGCAUCUGCAGGCUGUGGAUAUGGUGAAUACAAAGUGUGUGAUGACCCAUCAAAGUAUGCAUCGUGGGAUGGCUUUCAUCCAUCAGAAGCUGCAUACAAGGGCAUUGCAAUUGGCCUGCUACAGGGCCCAUACACUCAACCUCCAAUCGCUAGCAUCACCGAUUCUUGUCUACAGAUCAUUGGCCUCGGUUCUUCUGCUGAACGCAAGGUCAUCUAUGACAUGUAGUUCUGUAAUUAUAUUUUGUUAUUAUUAUACACAAUAUAUGCAAUUAAAAUAUGUAAGGACUGUGGUAUUGUUCUCAUUAUAGAACUGUAGUACUAUUAUACACAUCAUGACUGUUACCAAGUGACCUGCUGGCUUUGUCAUUUUUCUUCCUCUUUUUUUUUUGUCAUGAGGUUUUUUUCAUUGUUCUUUUUCUUCUUCUUAAACUUUUGAGAUUUCUUUUUUCUUUGUUUCUUAUACGCUUGUGGCGUAAUGUUCUAACUUAUUGUAGCACAAGGCUUAGUGGUUACUAGGAGAUAUGUACAUUAAUUCUU